AUGCAGGGUUCACGACUCGGAGCGGGCUUGAGAGGCACACCAAGAAGAAGCACCCGCGUGCGCCAGGUGCUGCCCCAAACACCGAAGGUUCUACUGGAGAGUCCGGCCCUGCGGCAGCGCCCGUCCCAGAGUCCCAUCCUGGAGGCGAUGUCUUCGCAACUGAUGACCAGCAUCGCCAAGGGAGCGUUCAAGCAGCGACUCGCCCUAUUCCUGGGGACGAUGCUAACGUGGACGCUGCUAAUGCGCCCGGUAACCGAGGAGGCGUCUGGACCACCUCGCCCAGCGGAAAAUCCCGCAAGAGCAACGAGCGCUGCACCUGGUCCUUCGGACAACAACUCCCCUGCAGCUUCGGCGGGGCAGCCAGCUUCCGAUCAGGGUCCGGCAGUCAACAAGGGAACAGCGGCCUACACGACAGGUCGGGAGCAGCCCCAGGAUCCCGCAAGUCCUUUGAGAGGGUCGGCGACGCAGGCACCCGCCGCAGAAGACCCGGUAAACGGAACUCAUCAAGCUCCGGCAGCCGGCACUGGCUUGAGGAGCAAGCGGAAGCCACGUGUAGUGUUCUCAGAGCCUGCCUCGGAGCCUCUGAGGCCGAUCGACGCGAAUUCCGCCCAGCGAAUCGGUCAGAAACGGAAGAAAGCGGCUUCGGCUGGUGUCUAUUUCGAGAACUUAGAAGACUAUGUCGAGUACAUGACAACUAGUGGUGGCGAGAAACGGGCUAGGGGUGGCCGGAACUCCUCCAUGAGGACAUUCGUAAAGCGGCACAAUGAGCGGGUGGCCAGACUUCGUGCCAGCGUGCCUGAAGACAUUGCUACCAAGGCCAUGAUCCAAGCAAUUGAAGCGCGGCCUUGCAAGGAGUUAUACAAACAGGUUGGGUCGGAGGAGUUUGAGUUGUUGGUUGCAGGAUCAGCUCACGGGCCAAAGUUUGUAAGCCUCGACGAAGUUGACCUGCAGGUAUUGGUGGAGUUUGCCAAGGCAUCCAAGAUUGAUCACGUGGGGUUGAGCACUUGGAGGCUCCGUUGGACAAUCUAUAGGGCACUCGACUUAGAGGUGUUGAGAGACCAUAAUCUGCUUCCAGAGAACGGUGAUCACUUGCGUUGA